CCCAACCCCAUCCCACCAGCCUCUUCCGGCUCGAUCGGCAGGGGACGCUAGUGGGCUGGUCUCUUUGGCAACCAGUGGCCCCGCCCCCUCUGCCCCUUUAACCUUUAGGCAGCGCGAGCGGCGUGUCCCAGGCCGCUCGCUGCUGGUUUCUUCUCGUUGCGUUGUCGUGUUCCUGGGAUUCCGGGGCCGGAAGCGAAGAUGGCGGCAGCGGGGAGCGGGUCCGCCUCCGCGGAGCUGGUGAUCGGCUGGUGGAUCUUCGGGCUGCUCUUACUGGCAAUUUUGGCAUUCUGCUGGGUAUAUGUUCGGAAAUACCAAAGUCAACGAGAAAGUGAAGUUGUCUCCACUAUAACAGCAAUUUUUUCCCUCGCAAUUGCACUCAUCACAUCAGCACUUCUACCAGUGGACAUUUUUUUGGUUUCCUAUAUGAAAAAUCAAAAUGGUACAUUUAAGGACUGGGCUAACAGUAAUGUGAGUAAACAAAUUGAGGAUACUGUCUUAUAUGGAUAUUACACUUUAUAUUGUAUAUUAUUCUGUGUGUUUUUGUGGAUACCAUUUGUCUACUUCUAUUAUGAAGAGAAAGAGGAUGAUGAUACUAGUAGAUGUACUCAAAUUAAAACGGCUUUCAAGUUUACUUUGGGAUUUGCUUUCAUUUGUGCGCUUCUUCUUUUGGUUGGUGCUUUUGUUCCUUUGAGCGUCCCUAACAAAAAUUCUACGGAGUGGGAAAAAGUGAAAUUCCUGUUUGAAGAACUUGGAACUAGUCAUGGUUUAGCUGCCUUGUCAUUCUCCAUCAGUUCUCUGACCCUGAUUGGAAUGCUGGCAGCUAUCACAUACACAGCCUAUGGUAUGUCAGCCUUACCCCUAAAUCUAAUAAAAGGUACUCGAAGUGCUACAUAUGAACGCUUAGAGAACACCGAAGAUAUUGAAGAAGUGGAACAGCACAUUCAAAGAAUUAAAUCAAAGAACAAGGAUGGUCGCCCUCUACCAGCAAAGGAUAGACGGACCUUAAAACAUUUUGAAGAAAAGUUACGGACGCUUAAAAGGAGAGAGAGGCACCUAGAAUUCAUUGAGAAGAGCUGCUGGACAAAAUUUUGUGGUGCCCUACGACCCUUGAAGAUCAUAUGGGGAAUAUUUUUCAUCCUUGUGGCACUGCUGUUCACAGUUUCUCUCUUUCUGUCAAACCUAGACAAAGCUCUUCAUUCAGCUGGCAUUGAUUCUGGAUUCAUAAUUUUUGGAACCAACCUGAGUAAUCCACUGAAUAUGCUUUUGCCUAUACUACAGACGGUUUUCCCACUUGAUUAUCUUCUUAUAACAACCAUAAUUAUGUACUUUAUUUUCACUUCAAUGGCGGGGAUUCGGAACAUUGGCAUAUGGUUCUUUUGGAUCAGAUUGUACAAGAUAAGAAGAGGUAGAACCAGGCCCCAAGCACUCUUAUUUCUCUGCAUGAUACUUCUGCUGAUUGUCCUUCACACCAGCUAUAUGAUUUACAGUCUUGCCCCCCAGUAUGUUAUGUAUGGAAGCCAAAAAUACUUAAUAGAGGGCAAUACAACAAAUAUUGACCACAAAGGGAACUAUACACUACCUGUGCCAAAGAAAUGUGAUGCAGAUGCUCCAGAAGAUCAGUGCAUCGUCACAAGAACAUACCUGUUCCUUCACAAGUUCUGGUUCUUUAGUGCCGUCUAUUAUUUUGGCAACUGGGCCUUCAUUGCAGUCUUCUUAAUUGGACUUGUAGUAUCAUGUUGUAAAGGGAAGAAAUCAGUCAUUGAAGGAGAAGUGGAUGAAGAUGAUUCAGACUUAAGUGAUGAUGAACCAUCUGUGUAUUCUUCUUGACAACUUUUCUCAGAGGUUAAUAAUUGUCCAUUUAAAAUUGAUCGAAUAUAACAUUCAUAUAAAUCAUUAGCCUGAGUAGGUUGAGCCAACUCAUUUCCAUCAAAAGUGGGAGUAUGGACUUAUCAAAAAGUAUGUAUUUUGUUGUUUUAUAAAAAGAUUAUUACUGUACCAUAGCAUACUAAUUUUGAAAAUAAUUAUAAUAAUAUGUAAAUAUACAUCCGCUGAUUCAAUGAGGGAAUGUUUUCAGGAAGUGUUUUUUUUCCUCUGAUGUAUAAUAGUGUUGAAAUUGAUUAAAAACCUUCUGAAAUUAAUGCUCCCUUUUUGUUGCUAUUUUAAGAUAUAAUAUAUCACUGGUACUUGUGCCUUUGGCUCUCUGCAGUCUUAUGGAAAUGUAAAAUGUCUUUUACUAGUGGUUUGGUACCUAAUAUUCAUAUAAUUACAGGUGGUAAAUAAAUAUUGCUCCCAAUA